CAUGGAGAGUGGUGCCAGCUUGGUGUCCACCCCCGGGACGCUGCCUUGCUACGUGGCCUUCUCCCAGCUGCUGGGCCUGACCGUGGUGACCAUGACUGGCGCUUGGCUCGGUCUGUACCGAGGCGGCAUUGCUUGGGAAGGCGCCCUGCAGUUUAACGUGCAUCCCCUGUGCAUGGUCAUUGGCCUGAUCUUCCUGCAGGGAGAUGCACUGCUGGUUUACCGGGUCUUCAGGAAUGAGGCCAAACGCACCACCAAGGUCCUGCACGGGCUGCUGCAUGUCUUUGCGUUCGUCAUAGCCCUGGUGGGCUUGGUGGCGGUGUUCGACUACCACAAGAAGGAGGGCUAUGCUGACCUGUAUAGCCUGCACAGCUGGUUUGGGAUCCUUGUCUUCGUCCUUUACUUUGUGCAGUGGCUCGUGGGCUUCAGCUUCUUCCUGUUCCCUGGAGCUUCGUUUUCUCUGCGGAGCCGCUACCGCCCACAGCACAUCUUCUUCGGCGCCACGAUCUUCCUCCUCUCUGUGGUCACAGCCCUGCUGGGCCUGAAGGAGGCACUGCUGUUUGAACUUGGGGCCAAGUAUAGCAAGUUCGUGCCUGAGGGUGUCCUGGCCAACCUGCUGGGCUUGCUGCUGGCCUGCUUCGGCGCCACCGUGCUCUACAUCCUGACUCGUGCCGACUGGAAGCGGCCUGCCCAGGCCGAGGAGCAGGCCCUCUCCAUGGACUUCAAGACACUGACGGAGGGAGAUAGCCCCAGCUCCCAGUGACAGCCUUCCUCGUCCUGUGUGGAGGGGCCUAGCAGCCCCUAGGUCCUGUAGGGGUCCUCAGAGGUGUCUGUUUGCCCACUACCUGCUGAGGCUGUCUACAGGACUGGUGGCUCCCAUGGACGGGCUGGGGAGUGUGGCUGCAGCUGUGUCUGUUUUAGCACUGACUUCUGGGCUUAGGGCUUGUCCUCUGCUUUCCCUUCCUCGCUGCUGCUGUAGAUGAGUCCCGUUUGUCCUGCGCAGGCCCUGUUCCCCUGUUGCCCCCUCACAUGCAGAAGGCUUUGGUCAAGGGUUUGGGUGGUCAGCCCUGGUCACAGAAACACAGAUCCCUGUAAGAGCUGGAGAGCGGCUCCUCCCUCAAGGCAGCAGAUGUCUAGGCUGAGGCCAGGGGAAAGUGUGGGGCCUCAGGGACAGGCCUGGAAAAGCCAAGACUGUUGCUUUAUGUAACCCUGAGUUCACACCAGGAGUCCCUCUAGCCUGAAUAACACGUGGUACAAAUGGGCCCAACCUUUGGCAGUGGAGCCAGUGAUAUUACAUGUAAAGUAUGUUGGUGUUCAGAGCAAGGUUCCCCAGGAGAGGGGAGGGACUUGCCCCUGGGAAGCACCAGAGAUGUGGCUUAGGCCCAGCUGCAGUCUUGGGCCUUCCUUUUCUUUAACCUUUUAGCUCCAGAAUGGCUUUGCCAGGAGAGAGGAUAGAAACACAUGACUUCAGACAAACUUCCCCAUGGCAGAUGAGGGGCAGAUGAGGGCAGCCUGAAUAGCAGGCAGGAGAUGGCCCUCUCCAGAGGGUGCUGUGGCUUGGGCGGUGGAGGCUGGUGUCCUACAGUCCCUGCUGCAGAGACUCCCUUCCAGCAGUGGCCUGGCCUCAGCCAGCAAGCUCCUGCUUCCCCCCACCCCCCACUCUUCUCAGCCCCGGUUUCCACUGACAAGCUGGUUCCUGCACUGCUCUGACUGGGAGGUGCGAGCACUUUUUGUUUUUAAAUGAAAAGCUGUUGCCUCCUUUUGAUGGGGCCCCACAAGGGCUGCUUGCUGGCUGAGCUCCUCUUACUUGAGCUGCCUGCUUCUGAUGUGAAAGAUAAGCCUCCUCCUUUCUUACCUGGUGCCCAUCUUUGCAGGAAAAAGUCAGGACUGAGUCAGAAUUGGAUUAAUCCUCUGUGGUGUCUGGACAUCACUCUAACCCCAUAAAGUGUGUUGUGUUUUUCGCUGAGUCACUAUUUGGCUUCAGUCUGGAAAUAACGUGAUUAGAGCAUUGAUCUUGUGCUUCUUGGAUUUGGCAAAUGCUCU